AUGUCAAUGGGUAUGACGAUGCUUAAAAAUGAGAUGAAGACUGAAGUUGAGAGACUGUCAAGGAAAGUCCGCUUUCGAAUUGCUUCUUCUUAUAGUGGGAGAGUACUAAAGGAGGUGUAUGCAGAUGGAGAAACUGCAGACUCUUUAGAUUCUGAAUGUGCCAGUAGCUCGGAGACUGACCAGAACAGCAGACUAAGUGAACUGGAUGGACAGCAGAAUGGACAUUUAGGAUCGGAGUGUGAUGAAAAUGAAAAUGAGCAGGAUGACUUGCUCAUUUUAGCAAGAGCAACUAAAGACAAGGGGUUUGGUACAAAACGAGUCAACAUUCUAAGCAAAAAUGGUACAGUCAGAGGAGUUAAACAUAAAGUCAGUGCUGGUCAAGCUCUGUUUGAUAAUUUGGCAAAAGUGUUUCAGGUAAGUGAAACAGAUAUUUUCAUUCUAGAAUUUGGCCGCAUCAUAAUUUAUACUACCAGCCUUCGUGUGGUUAGAACCACUUUUGAAAGAUGUGAACUGGUAAGGAAGAUCUUCCAAAAUCACAGAGUGAAGUUUGAAGAGAAAAAUAUUGCUCUGAACAGUGAUUAUGGAAAAGAACUAGAUGAAAGGUGCAGGAGGGUAUGUGAAGUUCCAUCACUACCUGUUGUGUUUAUUGAUGGCCAUUAUCUUGGGGGUGCUGAGAAAAUUUUGUCAAUGAAUGAAUCAGGGGAGCUUCAGGAUCUCUUAACCAAAAUUGAGAGAGUGCAGCACCCCCACGAGUGCCCCUCUUGUGGGGGUUUCGGCUUCCUUCCAUGCUCAGUGUGCCAUGGGAGCAAGAUGUCAGUGAUUCGGAACUGUUUUACAGACUCUUUCAAAGCCCUCAAGUGUACUGCUUGCAAUGAGAAUGGGUUACAGCGCUGCAGGAGCUGUGCAAGCUAAGAACAGCAUCUUCCAAUAUAUAAAACCUCAUUUUAUGUUACUGCAGCAGUUUGUUAUAUGCUUUUUUAAAAAAUGAACCUAUUUACCAGAUACUCAAUAAAAUUCAUUUGUAAUACAAUUUUGUUGAUUUGAUUGCUGAAGCCAUUUAAUGCAGGCCUUUGCUCAUAUCCUGUACAUCUCAGUAAGGAGAAUGAAUAGGCCAUUGCUUUCUUUAUUAGAAAUUAGUGCUCAUAAAAGCUACCAGAUUGGCAGCCUUUGGAUCUGAAGCCUUCUCUGUUACUAAUGAAUGUUAGUAGUAGAGUAUGAAUCGCCUCAUACUGUCCACCCAAGUUUCAAGACCUGACUUGGAGAUAACACCAGAACCUUUACCAUCUUCAUUUCUGUUCUCUGGGUGAUGAGUCAAAGCAGUGGUUGUAUGAUGUGUACUGAAUUAAGACCACCAAGUCAUUUAAUACAGCAUUUCACAAAAUAAAAUGUAGCAUUUCACAAUAAAACAAAAUCAGUUAUGACUUUCAUCACUACUACCCUCAGCCAAAUUUUACCUAGUGACUGAAUGAUGAAUACAAAUAUCCCUUAGCAGCCCCCUAACCUUUCAACUUCUUGGUACUUACAAUGCCAAACUAUUUUUAAUAGGCUGUUGCAUAAGUAUUUGGCGUUUUAGAUUUUACUUGUAUUGAUCAUUACCUGUCAUAAGAAUGUACAUGUCGCCUGCAUACUAGAGUGGUAACAUGGCAUCACAAGAUAGAUUUGAAAACUGCAGAGGACUAAAAAAACAGGAUGAGAUUUUUACUUUCUUGGCUUAGUAACAAAUAAUCUUUUCCUUCCCAAAGGUCUUUUCUGAUUGGAUGGAUAAUAACAUUGUAUUCCAUACCAUAUCCAAAAUUCCAAUAGUAUAUUCUGCAGUGCAGCAUCAAUUAUCAAACUCUUUGAACUACAAGGACAACAGGAAAGAAUUUGCAAUGCCUUCUUUGUAUUUUAUAUUACCACAAAGAGGCAGCCUCUGUUUGUGUCUAAUGCAAAAGAACUGAUUGGAUUAAUGGAAAAUGGAAUGGUGUUAGAGAAUAUGCUGAUGCUUACAGUCCUGCCAUUUCCAGUGAAUGAAAACCUGCUCUUUUUGCAUCCGAUGCCAGAGUUGUUAAUGCAUCCAACAGAUACGCUCUAAGCACACUCAGAAUGAAUGUCGUGAUAAAUACCAUAUAAUUAAACUCUUUCCAAAAGAAAACUACUGCUAAAAGCAACAGAGAUUUCCAGUUCAUUUAUGGAAAUGAAAACCUAAAGCCUAUCACUCAUAAAAAUGUAAGACAUGGAGUAGAAUGAGAAAAAUAAAUAAUCCAUCCUUCCACAGAAGUUAUUGAAGAUGGAUUAAAUAUGGUCAAAACAUAUUUUACACAGCCUUUUUGGUUUAAAGAACCACACUUUUCACCAAAACAAAUUAUUCAAGUGAUCUGGAGCAAGCAGUUGAAACUAGCUCUCUGGCUCCCUGAAUCAAUGCUACGGUAAUCAGGAAACUAAGUCAUAUCUGCCAACAUGCCUAACCGUUUUCCAAAAACCUUGGAAAGGUCUUGGUUUUGUUUUGCAACAGAAUGGAAGUAAUUUUAAAACCUUGACACAGAAUUCUUGUUUUCUGAGCAGUCUUGGUACAGAUAUAAAAAGAGUCAUAAAAUAACCAAAAGGCCAGACAGUUGUCUUUGCGUGAGCCAAAGUAAAUCACAGUAAUAUCAAAAUAUGAAACCACUGCUCAGAUAAUUAUUAUACUGCCACACCUUUAAUGGAAUUAUAGUCAUUGGCACCAUCUGAGGAUCUGCCACUAAUGCUCUCCUGUAUUAAGAAGCUAUCCUCAAAUGUCCUUAAACAUAUCUAAUAUAAUUCCAUUCUACUUUUAUUAGAAUACCCCUGUGUUAUACAGUCCAGUUUCAUUGCUUCCUUGUAUGGUUUUGUAAGAGAAGCUUCACCAGAUUUUGCUUGCCUAGAGUGAAUGAGGAAAUCAGAAGGCAAAGUGCUGGUAGCAAACAAAGUUUUAGAAGUUGUAAGAGUUUUAUGGGGGAAUAGAGAAUACAGUGAAAACUUGAGAUAUACUAAGCUACAAAAAUGAAAUAUUAUUUAAAGCACUAGGAACUUUAAAAGC